AUACGAUAGCGGUGCCGUGUUCCAGCUCGUCGUGGCGCGAUGUUUCCCUCGCACUCAAAGUGGUUCUCUCGCUCGGGACGACCGGCGUCGCCCGCACUGUCUGCGUCACCGUGAUCCCGGCGAUCCUGUUUAGUCCACGGACCUCUCUGUCACAUCCCUCAGGAUGAGUCGUACUAUGGAUGAAAAAGAGGAAUUGGUGAAGAAGGCCUUAUUUAGUUUCGUUAGGAAGCAUGUACCCACUGCUCAAUUGAGCUUAAUAGAUGACAUUGUGCUCAGUUAUGUAGUGAGUAUGGUAGAAGAAAGCGCAUUGGAGGAGAACCUGGAUGUGGACGGUUUGUGCGAAAUGGUAUCAGCCUGCCUGCCAGAGUUCUCCACUAUUGAGAAAGAGGCUGUGUCAAAGUGGCUGUUGGAUGUGGAAAGUAAAUUGAGGCAAGGGAGCAAGGAGAAUGAGAACUGUCAACCACAUGAUCCCCUGAGCCACAUCAGCUUGACCGCUCUCCUGCCAGCUGGUGCGCAAAGAAUGCGAGUUCAUCAUCUUUCAGAAACCAGCGAUGCAGGCAGUGACUCUAGUGGGGAAUAUUUUUCAGAGGAGUCCUCUUGGCAUCAGGUAGCUCUGCUGCAAGAAAUGUUCCCAGGUGCGAGUCCAGCCGAGGCCAGGCAUUGUUUAGCAGUGGCUGGUGGUGAUAUAGCAAAAGCCGCGCAGCUCGCGCUGCAUCGCCAAGAAGCGGGCCAGAGUAUCGUGAGCAACCUCACUUUUUUAACGCCCAACGGGCGCAACAAGGCGAGGGUAAACGACGAGGAGCUCAAGUCUCGCAUCAUAGCGCGGUACAGUUACGUCGACAGGGACGACGACUGCCGCGAACAUCGCCCGGUCGCGCCCAAGACGGAGCCCAAGAAGCUAGUACGCUAUCUUGACAAUAAGAUUGUAAGUGUGAAGGGCGAACGUUACACGGAAGUGCGAAGGGGCGGUGAGGACGAGGAUGGUAACGAAGGUGGUAGGAAGAGAGGUCAUUGCCGUCCGUAACCAGUCCCCUUGCCUCCACCCCCCGAUCCACCCCCCUGGAGGCACUUGAUUUUCAAUUAAACCUAGAUCUUUUCCAUCUUACUUGUAUAAGGGAUAUAUAGGUGAAAUAUCGCGAAUUUCAACAGGCAUUACACUCUCCCCCUUACUUGACGUUUAAUUUAUAUGUAAUGCAGCUCGCGCGCGUUCCCUGGAAUCUCUUUCACGUAGCGUUAAUUUGCCAUUCUUAUUACAAUGUGGCAUUAGUAAUAGUUUUGUACGUUUUAUCCGUUGAGACGUGCGGUUUAAAGCUCCUGGCUCCUGGCUGGGAAACUCUUGAUUGAUCAAAAGUAUACUAAGAAUCCUUGUAAAAUAUAUUAGGAUAGAAAGAUGUAUUUAUCAAAUGAUACUUGUAAUCGAUCAAACAGGUUCGUAAGAAGUCCGAACACUCACCCUUUGUUCGAACAAUCGACAAAUAGCCGUAAAAUUAAUGCGAUAUGCAACUUUGCUCUUUAACCUACCUUCUCUCAUAAUUUUGUCACGUUGAUCUUACAGUUAUUUAUUUAUUGUUAAAGUAAAAGGAAAGUGUUCGGACUACUUGCUCGAUCGAUCGCAAGUAUUAUUUUGUAAACAUUUCGUUUUAUUUCAACAUAUUUUAUAAAAAUUUUUGGCGUGUAUUCUCUCGUUCCUCGCUGACGUCAUAAAUCAAGAUAGCCACGGCAGGAAAGGGCCAGGAGCCUUAAUGGAUACCUGAUAUUUCAGUUCUGGAUAUAGAUUAUCCGAUCGAGCAUACAAUGGCCGUCAAGUAGAUGUCCAAGUCAGUAUCCUGUUAGCUAGGACAGGCAGAAUUACGCGAACGAAAUAGCUAAUAUUAUGUUUAUAUCAAUCAUUUAUUAGUAUUCAUUAAGGACAUACACUCUUAUACAAAAAAAGGAGACUUGAGAGAAGCAACCUUUUUUCUCUUUUAGCGUUUUUAAUAUGAGAAAUCGAUAAUUUUUUUUUACGAUAUUAAGGCAUUUUGCCGGAGGAAUAUGUUUUCGUAAAAUAUUUAUCAGAAUCAUCGUUAUUUUACGUUAUAUCAAGAUUCGACAAGAGCGUCGCGCAUAUGUACGUGAUUUAGAGAACGUUUGUUUUGAUUUGUUAUGUAAAGAUGUUUUACAUAAAUGUUUUAUUAUUUAAACAAGCUGGCUAUUGUAAACUCGGCAUUUGACUUAAUAUCCAUUCCUCUUACUCUCUCUCUAUCCUGAUAAUAGUCAUAUAUUAUUAAAUCUCUUUCAGGUUUAUUUAUUUUAUAUACAGAUAUAAGAAUACUCUAUCUCACCAUCUUUUCAUUAUGUAUAGUGCUGAGUAGAGUUACAUUUAGUAGCGUCAUUAUACUUUGUAAAUGAAGAUCGCUUUUAAUCACAAUCUUGUAUACUUUUUAGAGAGUCCAAUUGCUUAACCUGUGUAACAUGUGAAUCUUGCGGAGGAUAUUUUUUAUUUUGCGCCUGCAUUAAAUAGUGGUGUGACUAGCGA